AUGCUUUCUAGAGAGCAAUGGACCGAUUUGCAUGAGCAUUUUCCAACGGUUAGCGAAACUGGAAAUGGUGUUUUUCAACGCAACGACAUUCAGACGGCGCUCAAAGUGCUUGGAAUCGAUGUUCCUGGAUACAAGAUGAGGGAGAUGCUUGACACGCAUUUUGGCAAGAACAGUGAAAUUAAUGCAGAGCAAUUCGCCAAGUUGUAUGAGGAAUUGGAUGCGCAGAGGAAUCAGGAGGCGAAUCAGUGGAAACAUCAGACCAAACAAGUUAGUGGAGCGUAUCAAGUACAAAGUGAGAAACAAGACAAUGCUCAUCACACGAUUCGCGUUGAAGAAGAAGUAGCGUUUUCGAAUUGGAUCAACAGCAAUUUGUCGGAUGAUGCUGAUUUGAAGCGGUUGCUGCCAGUGAAUCCGCAAGGCGGUGAAUUGUAUACGAAAGUCGAAGAUGGACUAAUUAUUUGCAAAUUGAUUAAUUUGGCUGUACCGGGAACAAUUGAUGAACGAGCUAUCAAUAAGAAGAAUUUCAACACCUACAAGAAGCUUGAAAAUUUGACGUUGGCGUUGUGUUCGGCGCAGGCUAUUGGUUGCAAUAUUAUCAAUAUCGACAACAUCGAUUUGAGCAAAGGAACUCCGCACUUGGUCCUCGGUCUUUUAUGGCAAAUCAUUCGAAUCGGAUUAUUCAACCAAAUCGAUCUUCAACAUUGUCCCGGAUUGUUCAGAUUGCUUCGCGAUGGUGAGACUCUCGAUGAUUUGAGGAGGCUCUCGCCCGAGGAGAUUCUUCUCAGAUGGGUCAAUUAUCAUCUUGAAAAGGCGGGAAUUAGUCGGCGAUGUCACAAUUUCACGAACGACAUUGUCAAUUCCGAGAUCUACACGCAUUUGUUGAAUCAGAUUGCGCCGGUUGGAAGCGGUGUGACGUUGGCGCCGUUGGGAGUUCAGGGCAACAUCCCACGAGCUGGAGCCAUGCUCGGGGAGGCUGACAAGCUUGAAUGCCGUGAGUUUGUCACGCCGAAUGAUGUCGCCGCCGGAAACUAUAAGCUCAAUUUGGCAUUUGUCGCCAAUUUGUUCAACAAGCACCCGAAUUUGCCGGAUCCGGGAGCAGAUGAGAUUGUUGAGGACGCUGUUGUUGAGACGCGCGAAGAGAAGACGUACCGAAAUUGGAUGAACUCGAUGGGCGUCGAUCCAUACGUUAAUUGGCUUUAUGGCGAUUUACAGAAUGGUGUUGUGAUAUUCCAGCUCUACGACAUUAUCCGCCCGGGAAUGGUUUCGUGGAAGCGUGUGGUUCGAACGUUCCACAAAUUGCGAGGAAUGAUGGAUCAGAUACAAAAUUGCAAUUAUGCGGUUGAGCUGGGAAAACAAUUGCGAUUCUCGCUGGUCGGAAUUCAGGGGAAAGAUAUUUAUGAUGGAAAUCAGACGCUCACACUGGCUCUUGUUUGGCAGUUGAUGCGCGCUUACACGCUGACGAUUCUGUCGCAGUGCACACAAAGCGGCGAUUUGCCUGGAGACAAGGAUAUAGUCACAUGGGUCAACCAGAAGCUCGCUUCGUCCGGCAAAAGCUCGUCGAUAAAAUCUUUCCAAGAUCCAGCGAUUUCGAGUGGAAAAGUUGUUCUUGACCUGAUUGACGCUAUCAAACCGAACGUGAUUGAUUACUCAUUGAUUAAAAAUGGGGCUAGCAGUGAUGAUAAAAUGUCGAAUGCGAAGUAUGCAAUCACAUGCGGCCGAAAAAUUGGAGCCAAGAUAUACGCACUGCCGGAGGAUAUUGUGGAGGUGAAGCCAAAAAUGGUGAUGACCGUAUUCGCGUGCUUAAUGGCCCGUGAUUUUAUACCAGACGUCAAAGAAUCAGCAGCUCCUAUACAACCAAUGAUGAAUGGAAAUUAA